UCAAUGGCUAAUCCUCGAGAAGAUUCAUUUGACGCCCACAACCCCAUUUCCAGUGAUGACCCGACAUCAGAAGUGGGAUCAGAACGGUUGCGAACGCUGGAAGGGCAGGUCGCUGUCAUGAACAACCUAAUUCAUACGCUAAUGCAACGACCAAAUACGGGAAUCACCAAAUUACCACAUUUUAUCCCAGAAGUCGCAGGCGCCGACCCAGCCGCGUGGUGCGCGGCUGUUAGUAGGGCCCUGCAAAACAACCCCCUGCGAGAGGACGCGCUACACUCUGCCUUAAGUGACUCUCUACAGGGUUCUGCAGCACAUUGGCUGGCGCGAACGGUGGGAAACGGAGAAGUUACCUGGCCUGGAAUUAAGGAACGAUUCCUUACACAGUUCGGUGGCCGAGAGACGACGUCCUCAUCGUUAAUCAAGGUAUCCAGGGAACCGCGGGAAGCGGGCGAAUCCACGGGGGCGUUUGCCGGCCGUGUCCGUUCCCUCCUACAGACGCGGUGGCAACAUUCUACGCUAGACGAAAUACUUAACGCUGUCACUCUCUACAUAUUAAUUCCACACGACCAACGUCUUAAACGAUUGGCCCUCACGAGCGAUAUCAGAACGGAGGACCAAUUCCUGAGCGAAAUGCGACCCUUCUGUUACGAAGAAGAGUCGACAUUUUCGCCGAGAUAUACACCGGCGGAACCCGAAGCUAAGCGACGCAAGUUAUCGGGCCACCAGACGAAGUGUCACUACUGUGGUACUCUCGGACACAGAAUAAAGGACUGCCGCAAGAGGAUGCAGAACGAACAGCAAAGGGAUGCACGACGCCAGGAAGGAAACCGACCGGCCGCACCGUCCAAGGCGGUUUGCUACAGGUGUAACGCGGAAGGCCAUAUCGCACCUAACUGCCCGGCGCGACGGGACGGUAGACCAGGCCCCAAGGAUGAGCGUAAAGUCAACUCCUGCGUGGUGGAGUCCCCAGCCGGUAGUUUAAGUCAUCUGGUUACACACGAGGACGUGUGAUAGUCAGGAUGGCCGUGUCGGAGAUGAAAGAACACCGGAGCCUUUGGAAUUUUGGAUAAUCCCGCAACAUUGUAACCUAGAGUCUACUAUAGCUGUAAUUGAACAAUUGUAGUUAUUCAACCCGAUUGUAAUUAUUCGAGAAUUGUGAUAAUGAGCUUGGGCUCGAGGCGACAGUCAGUCGCCGAACGUAGCCGCGGUCACGGGAUGAACGCUUUGUCUAACAAAGGUAUGAAGUAAUUCUAUAGCUCUCCUUAAAAGAAAUAUUCGUGGCGACACGCGACAGUAAACAUUCCAACGGUUUCUGUCCCGUGGCUCGCCACACGCAGACCGUAUUCUUCGAGUAAGAUGAUUGCCAGAUGUCGAUGCGUCUCCGCAGUACAUGUUCGGCUAGCCCGAGGGCCCGUUAUAAAUCUUAAGGUUUAGUUAACUAAAGUCCUUCAAACAGACAAACAGUCUUUGUCCCAACUACGGGAAGAUAGGGGAGACAUGUUUUUCAACGAGCGGCGUCUCCCACUAGCAACUUUCCCUCGAGGGCGGCUAGCAUCCUUUUCUAACCACCGAUAUGGAGAUUAACCAAUUAGCAGCAACACUUUCUGAACGAAGGCUUUUCUCGACGAAUCCGAUGAUCUCGUAUCCUUAGACACACCCCGUUAUAGUUUUCCUGUGUGGCAUCAUCGGGACGGGAAAGGCAUUCUCGCUCGCGAUCUCAUCGAUCCAAGAGUAACGCCUUCGCGAUCAGUGAUUAUUCUCAGACUUAGACUUUGUGACUACGUUCUGUUGUCAUU